GGAGGGUCAUUAUGGUAAUCUUGUUACCGUGUAACUACCCCCAGGCGCACAAUUAGCGUUAAUCGGUCUCUGCCCCAUCUCUCGCUCACUGGCCUAAACACAUUUGUUCCUCUCUCGGUGUUUCUCGAUAGCAACGAGCAGGUAAAUCGGUGGUGGAAUUGGAGAUGUCGAGCGCCGUGGAUGCGACGGGGAAUCCGAUCCCGACCUCUUCGGUGCUGAUGUCUGCGUCGAAGCACAUCGGGAUUAGGUGCAUGCCGGAGAAUGUGGCUUUCCUCAAGUGCAAGCAGAAGGAUCAAAACCCUGAGAAGUGCCUUGACAAAGGUCAGCAAGUUACUCGAUGCGUCCUUGGCCUGCUGAAAGAUCUUCAUGAAAAGUGUACUAAAGAGAUGGAUGCAUAUGUUGGUUGCAUGUAUUAUCAUACGAAUGAAUUUGACUUGUGCCGCAAAGAGCAGCAAGAGUUCGAGAAAUCAUGCCCUUUGGAGUGAUCAGCGAACAAUACAUUUAAUGCCAUCCCAAGGAAUAAUUGAUGCGAUUUUGCCUAGAACAUGUGUACUGUUGCGCACAUUUUUCCAUAUCUUGGGUUUCAUGUGGUUAGUUCAGAACUUCAGAUUGCUGGUAUUUUUCGGAAGCUGGAAGCUCUCUCUUUUAUAAACACAAUAGCGAUGAUUUGUUCCGAACUCAAAAAUAUUAGUUCUGCAACGGAUAUGGCAUGUCAAUAGGAUCUACAUUAUUGCUGAUGUA